AAAGCUUGAAAUUCCCCAAACAACCUCCUAAUAAUUUCAAAUCCCCAUUUCUAUUUUCAUUUUUCCGUGACAUUCAGACAGAACGGAAAACGCCAAAAUGGCAAUUUAGCAAAAAUCCGAAGUAAUUCUCAGCGAAAUUUGAUGGCGAAAUCCGAUAAUCCAAAAUCCAAAAUCGCGCCUUACGCCAAUUCCUCUGCCAAAGUCCACCCGUCUAACGACCCUGAAGAUCCGAAUUCUUACUCCCUCGAGAAGUUUAGGCUCUACGAAACUAGACAGAGAUUUUAUCUAAUCGGUAGUGAUCGGAACAAGAGAUUCUUUCGGGUAUUGAAGAUUGACCGUUCAGAGCCUUCUGAUCUCAAUAUCAGUGAAGACCCAGUGGUCUAUUCACCACAAGAGAUCAAGUCCUUGCUUCAGCGAAUUGCUGAAGGCAAUCGUGCCACUGGGGGACUAAACUUUGUUGCAAAGGUUUAUGGGAUUGCUGGUUGCAUUAAAUUUUUGGAAUCAUAUUAUUUGAUUCUGGUUACAAAGCGUCGGCAAAUAGGAUGUAUAUGUGGUCAUGCAAUAUACAGUAUAGAUGAAAGCCAACUGAUUACAAUUCCACAUGCAUCAAUUCAAUCUGAUGUGGCACAUUCUAAAACUGAGCUAAGGUAUAAAAAGCUAUUGUCCAGUGUGGAUUUAACCAAAGAUUUCUUCUUUAGUUAUACAUAUCCUAUAAUGCAAAGCUUGCAAAAAAAUGUGUCAUCAGUUGGUAAAGAUAAGAUGCCAUAUGAUAACAUGUUCGUGUGGAAUGGAUUUCUAACAAAACCUAUUCGGUCAGCAUGUGGCAAUACUAUUUGGACUAUAGCACUAGUCCAUGGUCAUUUUAAGCAGGUUAAGCUGUCAAUCUUUGGGAGAGACUUCAGUGUUGCCUUGAUUUCUAGACGCUCUCGGCAUUUUGCUGGGACUCGUUACUUGAAGAGGGGAGUGAAUGACUGGGGAAGGGUUGCAAAUGAGGUUGAGACAGAACAAAUUGUGCUUGAUGAAGAAGCUGGAUCAUGCAAGGGGAAAAUGAGUUCUGUUGUGCAGUUGCGUGGAUCAAUUCCCCUUUUCUGGUCACAAGAAGCUUCAAGAUUUAGUCCUAAACCUGAUAUAAUCUUGCAAAGGUAUGAUCCUACCUACCAGGCUACCAAAUUGCAUUUUGAGGACCUGGCAAAGAGAUAUGGCAACCCAAUUAUUGUGCUCAACUUAAUUAAGACUGUUGAAAAGAGGCCUAGAGAAAUGAUGCUAAGACGAGAGUUUGCACAUGCAGUUGGGUAUCUAAACACAGUUCUUUCAGAAGAAGACCAUCUAAAAUUUAUCCACUGGGACUUUCACAAGUUUGCAAAGAGCAAGUCUGCCAAUGUUUUGGCUGUUUUGGGUGCUGUGGCGAGUGAAGCACUUGAUUUGACGGGUUUUUACUAUAGUGGUAAACCUAGCAUUGUGAAGAGGAGAAUCAACCAACUUACUCGAACAAGCACUGGAAGGGAUGCUUCUCUCAGAGAUUUGAGAUCCGGCUCUGGGGAACUUGCAAGGAUUGGAAGUGGUAGUGAUAAUCUUAGUUCUACAAUGCAUCGUGAGAGCGAGAAAGAUUCUAGUCAACAGAAUAAACAAGAUAAGGUUGGUGGUGAAGCACCACGUUUCCAAAGUGGAGUGUUACGCACAAACUGCAUUGACUGCCUGGAUCGUACAAACGUUGCCCAGUAUGCUUAUGGCCUAGCAGCUUUAGGGCGCCAACUCCAUGCAAUGCGUCUUAUAGAUAUUCCCAAAGUGGAUCCUGACAGUAGCAUUGCUGCAGCUCUUAUGGAUAUGUAUCAGGGUAUGGGAGAUGCUCUUGCCCAACAGUAUGGUGGCUCUGCAGCUCAUAACACUGUGUUCCCAGAGAGGCAGGGAAAGUGGAAAGCUACAACUCAAUCUAGAGAAUUUCUGAAGUCAAUUAAGCGUUACUACAGCAAUGCCUAUACUGAUGGUGAAAAGCAAGAUGCAAUAAAUUUAUUUCUGGGUUUCUUCCGACCGCAGGAAGGGAAACCUGCACUUUGGGAGUUGGAUACGGACUAUUAUCUUCAUGUUGCUGGAAUUCAAGAAGACCCUGAUCCUGAGACCUGUAUUCCACAAAGCAGUCCUAAGGCUGAAGGAGUUGGAAUGACUCUUGCUCCCGUUCCAGCUUGCAGGGAAGACUUUUCCCGCAUGAAACUGACAUCAUUUGAUAAAUUGAUUGAGAGGACCUGUGGUACGAUCAAGAAUGUAAGACUUUAUUGUGAGCCUGAUCAAAGACCAAGUGGUGGUGUGGGAAAUUCGGGUGUGGCACCUGAUGCAGCCGAAAUACAGCUCAAAAGCCCAAAUUGGCUUUUUGGCCAGAGAAAGUAUGAAGAAAGUGGUUCUAUUCCGAAGGCUGCUCAACAAGAAACUGAAAAUGGAGGAUCUCAUAAAGAUAUCAAAGUUGAUGGUUAUGGUGACAUAGAUUGGCUAUCUUCUGUUGGUGAUAUGAAUGAAGAGGAUAUCUUCCAAAGGUACCUUGCAAUGACCUCAGUUGAUGAAGCCAGUGGUUGGUAUGGCGGUACAUUGCUGGGCGAUCAAGAUGAAAACAGUGAGAUUUACAAACAUUAUGCAGAAUUAUGUCAGGGCCCGGCAAUGGAACCCUUCCAGAAUGAUACAGAAAGGGAGGAGUAUUACGCCAAUGUCCUACGCAUGAACACAAUCGAUGGAAUAGAUGAUGCUACAAUUGAAGCAGAGAUGGAAGCUGCUCUGAAGGAGUAUGAUCAAAUUGGCGCUGAUCUUGGGAUUAUGCCAAUAUCCUGCAAAUCCUUUGCUGAAGAUACAAGUUCAUUGAUUCAAUAUAUGUGCUGUAGAGAAAAAGGUAAGGUACAAAGAUCUUCAAAAUGCCUCUUCUUUUGCAUGCAUUUUAUAAAUAUCAUAAAACUCCAGAAUUCUAUUCCUAAUUCUACUAAUUGUUUGUGCAUUAUGUAACUAAAAGGCAAAUACCUUUCUGAUAAAGUGAAAGUCACAUCAUUUACAUGCAACUUCAAGAUUGUGAAUUCUCUUAGUUCUGUAAGAGCUGAAAAAUAGUCCUCAAUACCCUUUUCUUUCCCCCUGAAAUCUUUUUCCAAGUCGUUAUUUCGUGUAUUGUGCCAUUCCAAGGAAAAAAAUGCUGAUGCUUUUGUAAUGAACUUAUGCUUUGUCAAUAAUACAAAUUUUCAUGUUUCCUCUUUCCA